AUGAAAGGCAGUAAGAAGCGUGUUGUCUCUAAACCUUCAUCUUCUCGUACAAUUGUCAAAGCAAAUCCAAACGACAACAAAUCUGUUACCAUAGAACCACCCAUUGUGUCUUCUUACAAUGACCAGAUCAGGCCGUUGCUUGACACAGUGGAUCGGCUGAGGAACCUGAAUGUGAUGAAAGAAGGGAUCCAGCUUCCCACCAUUGUCGUAGUUGGAGAUCAGUCCUCUGGAAAGUCCAGUGUUCUUGAAUCAUUGGCAGGAAUCAGUUUGCCUCGUGGGCAAGGAAUCUGCACUAGGGUUCCUCUUGUUAUGAGGCUUCAGGGAAGUACUAGCUCUAAACCUGAGAUCUGGCUGGAGUAUAGUGACAAAGUUGUUCAAACGGAUGAAGAACACAUUGCUGAAGCUAUUUCUGCUGCAACUGACGUGAUCGCUGACUUUGAUUAA